AUGACGUCAGUAGAUCAAUCGACGGCGGAGAGCGAAUAUGUGCACUCGAUCUACAGCCGCCUUGCCACUUACCAGAAACAGGUACAGCUUUACGCAUAUAUACUUGUGAGAGUUCUUUCUUUGUUGUGGCCGAGCUGACAAAAACGUCCGUUCCAACAUUGUUUAGUUUUUCGUAAAAAGUUAAAAGUGGUCAAAAUUGGAGUUCGAAUAAAUUAUUCCGUUUUGAUAAAGGACGAUUUUGAGGACAAACGCUCCUCUCAAACUUCGCAUCGUAUUUGGCCUCGUGUUCGUCAUUUUGUAGAAUCUUUGCCUCCAGGAUGCGUCGUCGUCGAUGUCGGUUAGCGGUUCAUUCCUAUGAAAAAGAUAUUUUUGAACAUUAAAACCUGAUUAGGGAACGUUUUUUACGCAUGAUUGAACUUUUGAUAAAACAUCCCUAAAGUGUACUUUGAGACCUCCUGAUUGCAGAACAAGAAAAAAAUUGCUCGCAAUAGAUCUGGUUUUCGAGUUAGGAUGCUUCAAAAGUCAGAGAUAACGCUUUUUUGGCCUAAUUUGCGUAUUUUGCGUACUUCGAAGGUUCAUAACUCGAAAACUCGAAAACUCGAAAACGAGAUCUGUUCCGAGAAAUGCUUUUUUUGUUCUGCAAUCGGAGGGCCUGAAAUACACUCCAGCAAAGUUUCAUCAAAAGUUCAACCGGGGUGUAAAGAACGUUCCCUAGUGAGUUUGUUUCGUAGAUAGUGCGUACGGAGACUUUACAAUCGUUAUGCGAAAAAGUUCUUAGAAACCACGAAAUCCAAAAUUAAAAUAAUCUUACUAUAAGUGCUUACUCAUCAGAAAUUCACGUCGAUCAUGAAAUUCCGAGUUUGAGCUCAAUGAAUAAAUUUGAGGGUGUGGCGAGGCGAAGUACACGUCGCCGUCAGUAUUCGUGAUGGGCAUCGACGCGUGUUCCGAAGUGUUGCUGAGCGUGAAACAGAAGUCGAAGCUCGACUUGAUGCUCGGAGACGCCGUAACUCUUCCUUUAAGGUGAAGUUUCUUCUUUGACUGCGGUUUACGUCAAACUUUGAUUUAAAACGUAUUUGAUUUAUAGAAAAAGUUAACGAAACGCCCUUUUUUUCCAACCCAGCCUAAACCCAAAUGGCGCAGAACAAGUCUGCGCCUAAACACGCAAACUGGAGUAAAGACGAACUUUUGAGGGACGGCUGCGUCGACGCGAUUCUCAACGUUUCCGUCAUCCAUCAUCUCUCGACGGUCACAAGAAGAAGACAGGCUUUGAAAGGUACUGAGGAUUCAAGAGACGAUUAUGAGUCCGGGACUUUGCAGAAUGCGCCAGAUGCCUGCGCGUCGGAGGCCAGAUGUUGCUGUACACGUGGGCCUUCGAACAGCCAAACGGCGUUUUUCCUUCGCAGGACGUGCUGGUUCCCUGGAACCUGCACGAGACAGUCAUCAACGGUACUUUAAAAUGUGUUCCAUUUGUGGAUAUUCCCUCUUCAAGGUUCACUUGAACGAUUCAGUCUUCUGGCUUUGCCUUUUUCUGGACUUUCGAGAAAUAAGACGGUUUUUUCCAGGAAAUUUUCGAAAGGAAAAAAUUUGUCUCAUAUUUUGUUAGCCAGAAAUGGAAAAAACUCACUUUUGCGCCUUUUUCUUGUAGACGCUCUCAUUUUUUUUUUCAUUUUUUUGGUGACCUCGUAAGUAAGGAGGAAGACGAGACGACCAGGUCAGAGUUUUUAGUCGACGCGAACAAAAUAUAAUAAAUUUGGCAAAAAUAAUUAGUGUUAUAGGGCGACUGCCAAAAGUGAAGUUCCACAUGAAUUCGACAAAAGAACAACGUAUAAUCGAGGUGGGACCAUAUUAUCCAUCUGAAAGACGAACCUAAAAUAACUGUGACUAUUUGGUGCAUUUCAAAGCGAAAUUUUCGGAACAUUUUCUUCAAUCGCGCACAAGUUCAGGCUUCUAUACCCGUGAACAUCACGUCGAAUUGUGAACAGCCGACGACGUCCAGCUCCAGAUGGUUUUCGACGAUUCUCAACAAGGUUUUCAAUAGCUUUCGUAACUUUGAACACCAUUCAAAUCAAGAUAAGUUCAUGAAUGUCAAUUUCGAUAGGUGAACACGAUAAAAGAAGCGUUGCCGUCGAUUGUAAGUCUGUCACCGCGAAAAGAAGGCCCGGCGACGUUGCCUGCGGCCUCGCCGCAGUUUCUUCCGACCACAAAAUCUCUCAUUUCGGGCAUCCGACGAUGGAGUCCGAUGCUGGGUGAGUCUCUACAAGAAGCGUGCACGGUGCGAGCACUGAUUUUGCACUUUUUUGUUGCACGGUGCAUGUUGUCGUUUUGCACCUCGCAAUUUUUGGUCUUUUUCAGUGCGCAUGAGGUGCAACACCGCACGGUGCUGACACUCCGAAUCAGAAAAUUGGGUAUUCGAAAUCUUGUCAAUUCAGUCCAUUUCUAUCAGUUCUACAUGUUAUUUAUACUUUUUUUUUCGUUUUAGUGAUGAUUUUUCCGUUAGAAAAGUCGGAUGAUGAAGAAAGAAAAGGCCUAAAUUGAGUAGGAAAGCAUGUUUAGUUUUUUGGUCCAGAGUGUCAGCACCGUGCGGUGUUGCACCUCAUGCGCACUGAAAAAGACCAAAAAUUGCGAAGUGCAAAACGACAACAUGCACCGUGCAACAAAAAAGUGCAAAAUCAGUGCUCGCACCGUGCAAGCUCCUUGUAGAGGUCUUGACGAAAACAACCAGCAUUGUGAGACUCGAUAAAACAGAAAUAAACAAUUGAAGGCCGUCGGCUGGCAUCUCUGAUCGUGCCUGUGGAGGAGCAGUUCGCAGAGGAGCUCUCUCAGACAAUUCUCCGAGAGUCCGUCACGGAGGCCAUGGCCACACUCCGAGAGGUCGGCCUUUCCCAAAAAAAAGCUCCGGUUUAAAUCCUUUAAUUGGCCCAGUAGCCAAAGAGACCAAUGAUAACUUUGAUAAAAUUUUUUUUUCUUUUCCGGUUAUAUCUACUUAAAAUAGUAUGAGUAAAUGAUGUUAUGAUCAUCUAUCGAAUUAGACCAAACAUAACUUUGGUAGCUUCGAGAUUUUAAAAGUUUGCCGAAACACAUAUUUAUUAUAAAAAAAAGCUCAAAAAAAUCGGUUCCCAAUACUGAAAUUUUUUUGCCGUUUACUGUUUUCAUGAAGUUUAUCCAUUAGGGUUGUUACAACGUUCUUCAGAAAUUUUGAAAUUUUCGAAGCAAAAUCGAUUUUUACCCCAGAUUGCGGUUAAGGUAACAUUCUAUCGGUUCUACCACGUGUUUCGGAAAGGCGAGCUUGAGGACUUGGUCGAGUCGACGCCGUCUUUACGAAUUCUCUCCUCAACUUUUGAGCACGGAAAUUGGUGCGUAGUGGCCGAAAAAGUGCCAGAAAACUACGUCCGAAUCUAA